CGCGGUGACGCCGAGAGUGUGAAUCCUGGACCUGGCCGGGUCAGCCAGCUGCCUGACUCACGCCGACCACACGCCCUGCUUCGCUCUGCUCCAUCUCAUACCCCGUCGCAACACCCCGCUGCUGCGACAACCGCCCGCUGCGCCCGCUGCGACCUCGGAAGAUGCAUACCUGCCUGCGCGCCUAAUCUCGCCUGCUCGCCCCCGCACUCUCCACGCGCGCACCGCCCAGCAUGGGACCGCCUCUCGCCGCGCCGCUCUCGCCCGCAUCGUCCGUGGCGUCGAGCAUGACGGCGCGGCCCUCGCGCUCCGUCGAGGUGUCGGGUGCGGCAGCGACGAGCACGCCGCGCCCGGCCUACCCGCGCCAGCGCUCGCGCGGCCAGCUGGCGCGCCACCAGUCGACAACGGCGGGGCGCCUCGGCCUCGCUGCCGACCAGGGCCCGUCGCGCCUGCCAGACACCGGCCGGUCACUGCGAGGCUCACUGCCGCGCGACGACGACGUCGCGUCGGCGCAGGCCACGGGCGGCAAGCGCCACCGCGCCCGCCAGGAGACGUUCCUCGGCGGCCUCUACUUCACGGACCUCAUCUUCAUCGCCUUCACCUACGCGCUCAACCUGCUGCGCACGUGCGGCGUGGCGGAGCUGGUGGACGUGCUGCUGAAGGGCAUGGUGUACUCCUUCACGAGUCUGCCGCGCGACUUCUACGCGCGAUGGUCGCGCAGCGCCUCGCGCUCCUCAUACAAGCGCACAGCGCAAGUCAAGCGUGCGCCGGCUGAGACGACAUCAUCCGAUGUGCUUGCGCCCGAGGCCAAGGCCGAGGCCGAGGAGAGCCAGGAGCUGUCGGCAUCGCCGUCGCAGCUCUCGCCCUUCCACCACCUCGUGGUGCUGCUCGUCCGAUUCACGUGCUCCAACUUCCCGCACCUGCUGCCGCGCGUGCUGUUCGCCGAGGAGACGAUUGGCCCAUUCGUCUACUGGCGCACCGGCGGCGGGUCCGGCUCGAUGGUGCAGGCCUUCAGCGACCUCGACGACGAGCCGGCCCGCGAGCGCAAGCCCGAUGCUGUGCCCGGCUUCCGCGCGUUCUGGCUCAGCAAGGAUGCCCGCGUGCCCGUCGCCGAGCAGCGCGCCAACUUGGGUGCUCGCUCGGCUUCGACGCUGCUCUAUCUCCACGGCGGUGGCUUCUCGCUCGGCUCGGUGGCCUUCUACGCCGAGAGCCUGCUGCGCCUGCGCGCCAAGGUUAGCGCGCUCGAGACGGAGCGAGGCGUGCCAAUAGAGAGCGACGCGCGCUUCGUGGCCGUCGAGUACGACCUGGCGCCGACGGCACGCUUCCCGACGCCACUGCUACAGUGCCUUCGCUGCUACGCGCACCUCGUCGAGGUCGAGCAGAUCGAUCCGUCGUGUAUCACACUGGCGGGCGACUCGGCGGGUGGCAACCUCACGAUGGCUAUGCUGCUGGCUCUCUCCGGCCAGGCGGGUGACGACGGCCUGCUCGCCGAGCGUGACUGGAGCGCGCUGCCGAUGCCGGGCAAGGCCGUGCUGAUCAGCCCAUGGGUCGACCUGCGGCCAUCUCACGCCGCGGCGUUCGGCCCGCUGCGGCAGCCUGCCAAGCCGCGCGCUGAAGCCAGCACCGAGAAGAACGAAGCUGCGAGCUCGUCUUCGCCACUCGACGACUACGAGUGGGACUACGUCGCCGCCGAGGCGCUGCUGCACUUUGCGCAGGUCUACUCGGGCGUCUUGCCCCGCCCACGGCGAGUCGCAGGUCCACUGGGCUGGCUUGCCGACUUCUGCGGCGGCGCAGGCCAGGAAGCCGAAGGCAACUCCGAGAAGAAGGGCUCGACGGCGCGCUCUGGCACCUUUGCCACGCCAGUCACGCUCGAGGCGCUCGCGCGCCCGGGCCGGCGGCUCGCUCGUGCCACCCACAGAGUGCUCGCCGAGCCGCUCUUCUCGCAGCCGCCUAGCACAUCGUCAAGCAACAACGAUGGCCCGCUCGUUGCACAGGACCAGAACUCGUCGUUUGGCGGCCUCGAGCCGCUCUUUCCGCACAGCGAGCGGCAGACCGACCUCGUCAGCAGCACGUCUGACUUGUACGUGCCAAUCGACGGCAGCGCGAGCGGCGACGAAGACGUGGCCGAGGCGAAGCAGCUGCUUGAGACGCACCCGCUGCUCAGCCCGUCGACGGGCAACUGGGGCGCGGUGCGUCUGGAGCGCGGCAUGCUCGUGACGUGGGGCGAGCGCGAACGCCUCGCCGUCGACAUUGAGCGGUUCGUCGAGCGCGUGCACAAGCUGGCGAGCUCGAACAACCGCCACGCUGCGCCGCGGCACGACGACGGCCCGGCGCAGGAUGGUGACACGGCGCAUGCGUCAAGCAUGCCUGAGCCUGAUGCGCGCGCUGCUUGGCUGCAGACGUACGUCGAGUCCGGCCCUGGUGGCGUCCACGCCUGGCCCUUCGUGAACAUGUACCUCGCUGCUGAGGAGGCGCAGCGCGAGCGCGGCCUCGACAUGCUCGCCGAGUUCAUUGCUCGCUCCGGCUCGGAGCUGCGCUCACCGAGUGCGCUGACCGCAGCUGUGCUGAGCUCGCGCGACCCGCCGCACGCUGCGCCCGACUCUGCGCCGCAUUCGCCCGGCUCGAUGCCGUCCGACAUCGAGGUACGCGGCGGCUUUGACGACGUCUCUGACACGACCGACACGACGGACGACAGCGAGAACACGGGCAUCGCCUCGCGACGGACACUCGAGAGCCUGAUCGAGGCUAGUGGCGGAGACCCGGCCUCGCAGUUCGGACUUGGGCUCGGUCUGGACCCGCCGGCCGACUUGGACUCUGGCUCGCCGUCACCUGUGCUCAGCCCGCAUCCUGAUGCCGGCAGCGAGCCCUGGAGCAGCUCAGACGAGAGCAGCGUGCCGGCAACACCUCGGGCUGCCUCGGCUCGCAUGCCAUCAGCCUCGCCAGAUUCAUUUCGCUCCGUGACGCUCCUGCGACCAGGUCAGGUGCGGCAGCCCAUCGUCACGCCAGAGCCGGUCGCGGUCAGCACGCGCGGCCGCAAUCCGCAGCCGGGCGCGCCGCUCUGGUGGAGCGCGCGCGAGGACGAGGUCGUGCCGGCGAACGUCGAGCAGAGCGAGCGUCUAGAUGACAUCGAAGAGGCGUCGAACGAGACCUUCUCGCCCACCGAGUCUCUCUCGCCGCCGCCAGAGCCGGAGGACCAGGCAGUCUACCAGCCCGUGCCGCCCGUGCCCAUCGACCCGAGCUACUACGGCCUGACGCAGUACGCCUACCGCCGGCCCGAGCCCGAGGGCCUGAGCGAUAUCACCGAGGAGGAGAGCGUGCUCUCUGCCAGUCUGGCCUCGCUCAGCGGCGGCGACGGCGAGCUCUCGCUCUCGCUCUCGCGCUCGCGCUCGCCGCCUGGGCCCAGCGUCGAGAUGUCGCCCGAGUCGACUCAGCGGCGUGAUGCCGAAUGGCAGCGCCUGGUGAGCCGCGCGGCGCAGCAGCAGGCCGAGUACGGCGCCGUCGAAGACGACGACUCGCACGAGUUUGACGAGUCGGUCCUCAGCGACGAUGCAGACGAGUCGCUUGCAUGGGCAAACCUCGGCUCGCCGCCGUCGGGCGCGCAGCCAGGCCCGUCGCUGCCCAUCGUGCCCGAGGCAGCAUGGCGCAGCUCGGACGAGCUCGCGGCGCGCCCAUCGUCGCGCUCGCCUGGUCCAGCGGCCGACGACUCGAGCGCGCGCUCGUCGCUCGACAGCCAGGGCGCUCGCAAGAAGCCCAAGGGCGACGUGUGGUGGUGAUGGCCGGCCGCCGACUCGCAUGCUUCUCUCGCUUCCUGCCCCCUUGUCAUCUCUGUGCCCUGCUCUUCCCCCUCUCCACCUUCUACCUCACUGUACACUACUGUAAUCUUGCAUGCACC